GAAGCAUUGACCUUGUCCUCUUUGGGACGUCUUUUCUCUCUGAACGGCCUGUAUGUCCUGGGCUAUAGCUGGCUGUUUGGCAUGGGUAUAAUUGCUCUGAGGGCCUUGCCUCGUCAUCAGUUCGGGACCCUUCAGCAUCGUACAUUCCCCGUCUACUUUGUCAUUUCGAUGGCCCUGUCCUCGUUCCUCAUGGCCAGAUGGGUGUUCUCCCACCCUGACGUGGUUACGCACAUUGCUCGUCCGAACGUGGCGGACGUUGCACAGUUUUACGCCCUUGCAACUGUCUUCCUGUCCCAGGCCAUCAAUUAUUUUGUUAUUGGACCCAUGACAAGCAAGACCAUGUUUCAGCGCCACAAGCUUGAGAAGGAGGAGGGCAAGAGCUAUGAUCAACCAGAUGUGUCGGCCCAAAUGAAGGCUUUGAAUGCCACAUUUUCUAGCCUCCAUGGCAUUAGCUCUCUUGCUAACCUCACUGCUGUGAUCGCUUUGGCUUUCCAUGGUCUUUGGAUUGCUGAGGCU